AUGCCGAUCCUCGUGGGAUGGCCCAAAGGCGCUGUGAAGUACUUGCAGCAGCGGUUUGACAUAGAGAGGUGGCAGAUGCGGGGGGCAUCUGCCGGCGCCCUGGUGGCCACACUGGCCGCCUGCAAUGUCAACAGCGAGGUGGCCUUUGAGAGCGCGCACAGACUCUCUGUGGAGAACAAGCUCUUUGAGAGACCCCUCGGCCUGGCAGGUGUUUGGGGCAGCAUUGUGAGGCAGUGGUUGGAAGACAUUCUCCCAGCUAAUGCAGCCGACAAGUGCAGGGGGCGCUUGAAGCUGGUAGUGACAGACAUCCGCGGCUUCCAGCUAGCAUACAUCGAUGACUUUGCGACAAAGGAUGAGGUCAUCGAUGCCAACCUGGCAUCUGCGCACAUUCCCUUCUUCCUGGAUGGCCGGCCCUUUGCCUCGUUCAGGAAUAAACUGUACAUUGAUGGUUCGGUCACAGACUUUCUGUACUACGACAACAGCGAGCUGCUGAAGUGCAACGGAGAUGCAUUCAUCCUGGACUACACACAGGAUGAGCUGCUGAGUACCACAAGGCUGGAUUUCGUGAAGCUGAGGAACCCGGAGGAGAUCAAGCACCUGAUAGAUGCUGGCUACGCAUAUGCACAACGCAUGGAUGACACUGGAGUCCUCAUGCAGUACUUUGGGGGAGCAGGCAGCCUACAGUCGCCCAAUGUGUGGGAGGACGUGCGGAAGGAGCAGGAGGCCGUUGUCACUUUCAGUGCUGACGGCAAGGAGCGGCUCGGACCCUUGGGAACAACAAGCAGGGCUGUGCUAGACGAGGACAUCCCAGCUGGCGGCGCAUUUUACUGCACCCCCUGCUCUCGCUACUUCCUCUCGGACCAUGCGCUCUCUGAGCAUUCACGCACCAAGCCGCACAAGCGGAGAUUGAAGGAGUUAGGCGGAGCACGGCCGCACAAUCAGAGAGAUGCAGAGCUGGCAGCGGGCAUGGGUGCUCCAGACAAUGGCCAGAAGGCAAAGCCUGUGGAGAUGGAGUCUUGA